AUGCGGUUUCACAAAUCGAAUUUAUCCCCUUUCAUGAUCUCCGUUUGGUUGGCUCGUGCUGGGCAGGCUGGCGGCCCGUACAUCGACACGCAGCUCGGUCGCCGCGACUCACGCUCCUCCAGGGCGUCUCGUGCGGAGGCGGCUAUGCCCGGCCACCGUAUGAAUGUGGACGAGCUUGUGAAAAACUUCGCCGCCGUGAACCUCACGCGCCUCGACCUCGUGACGCUCUCCGGCGCGCACACGAUCGGAGACGCGCACUGCGGCAGUGUCGACCACCGGAUCGCGCCCAACCACGACCCCACGAUGGCAAACUCCCUGCGUGAGAAGCUCAAUGACAAGUGCAGAGCUCCCACCGAGGAACCCAGUAAAGAAGUGGACCUCGACUUCCGCACCAAAAACCGAUUCGACAACCAGUACUACAAGAACCUCCAAGAGAAGUUCGGGCUGCUGUCGAGCGACCAGGUACUGGCGAUCGACGAGCGCACUCGCAACGUCGUGGACCGUUAUGCGGCGGACCAGGAGGACUUUUUUCGCGAGUUUCGCCACUCCAUGUUGCGCAUGGGGGCAAAUAACGGUUGCGAUGGGUCUGUGCUGAUCGACUCGACGGCAGACAACCAGGCGGAGAAAGACGCGCCGCCCAAUCUCACGCUCCACGGAUUCGACAUCAUAGAUCGCAUCAAAGAGGCCGUCGAGGCGCAAUGCCCGGGCGUCGUCAGCUGCGCCGACAUCGUCACGCUCGCCUCGCGCGACGGCGUCGUUCUGGCUGGCGGUCCGUUCUGGCCUGUGGACCUGGGCCGCCGCGAUUCGCGCACCUCCUUGGCGUCUCUCGCGUCGAGUUCCUUGCCCGGCCACCGGAUGAACGUGAACGAACUCCUGCGAAACUUCGCCGUCGCGAACCUCACGCUCGUCGACCUCGUCACGCUUGCCGGCGCGCACACGAUCGGCGACGCGAGCUGCGGCUCCGUCGCGCACCGAAUCGCGCCCAACAGCGAUACGUCCAUGGCUCCGCAGUUGCGGGACUACCUCAAUGGCCAGUGCAAGGCUCCCAACGUUGACGAUAAGGUUUUCGUUGACCUCGAUAGCUCCAGCGGUUCUACAUUCGACAAUCACAACCUUCAGCAGAAGUUCGGGCUGCUGUCGAGCGACCAGGUGCUGGCGAUCGACUCGCGCACUCGGCAGCUGGUGAACCGUUACGCUUCGGACAGGAGGGCGUUCUUCCGCCAGUUCAGCCACUCCAUGAUCCGCAUGGGCGAAGCGGGCGUGCUCACUGGCGCACAGGGGGAGAUUCGCCGCACCUGCGGCGCUGUCAACUAG